AUGUAUGCGAGUUUCGAGUAAAAUAAGUAUUGGACAAAAACUAAAGACGUAAAGUAGGUAACUAAAAAUUUAUGUGAUCUACCUACCUAUCUCUGACAAAGUCACGAAGGAUUAGGUUUGUCAAUGAAUGUCGACAAAUUUUAUAAUCGGAAGAAAUUUUCUUAUAUUUUUCCCAUUAAACAAAAUCAAUCAUAUAUAUUUUGCUUUCAUUGGCAAAAAAAAAAGCAAAAUGAUUAAUUUGAAAAUUACAUAAAUUAACGGCAUUAUUUCGACAGAUUCUUCAUAUUGUAAAACACGAAAUUUAUAUUUAAAGAAAAAUAGAAAAUGACAUCUGAAAUCAAAGAACAAAAAUUAGAUCAACAGUCAGAUUAUCAAGACGAUGGAAAUUCAAAAUGUGAAUCGCCAAAACGUGGAACAACACUAUCAACAAGUACAAGCAGUUUUGAAGCUUUAGAUCCUCAUGAUCCAAAUUUAAGUCGUCUUGCUAAUAAUAUGUUUCAAAAAACAAGUGAAUAUUUACAAGAAGAAUUAACGGCAACUCAUGCCGAUUAUCGUUUAUUAGAAAGACUUAAUCAAGAAACAAUAUCAAAAUAUUCUGAAUUAAAAACAAUUGCUACAAAUGUAUCUCAAUCAUUAAAUUCACUUAAUGAAAAAUAUAAAAAUUUACAACCCGUUUUAGACAAUAUUAAUCAAAUAGACGAUAGUGUGAAUAAAUUGGAACAAGCUGCUUACAAAUUAGCCAAUUAUUCAAAAAGAUUAGAAAAUAAAUUCAAAGAACUUGAGAAAGAAAAUAAAAAUUAAAUUUUCAAAUUUAUUGAAAAAAAGAAAUCUAUAAAUAUCAAAUUUUAAGUCAGCAUUUAAAUUAUAUUAAGUUUGUAUAUAUUAUUUUUAAGAAUUUUCAAUCUUUAUUUCGAAUAAUUUAAUUACAACUUAAACAAAUUAGCAUAAAUCUAUUUUUUAAUCGUUUCAAUAUAAAAUGAAAGAAAUAUUGUAUCUAAUAAUUUUAUAUCCAAAAAUUAUAAAAAAAAGAUUAUUAAUUUAUAAAAAAUUAAAACCUUAAAAAAUUGAA